UGGGUCAUUGAAGCUCUCGUGAACAAAAGGGAGCAGCAAGCUCCGUUCGAAGUCUAUUUUUCUAAACGACAGUUCUGUCUAAAUCGAAUACCAAUUUGGAAAAUUAUAUGGCAGAAGUGAAAUGUGUACAUUUUAAUUUGAGUCGAGUCAGCUUAUUUAUUACAAAAGAAUGAAACAUUAUUAUUGGUCGUAAGGUGAUCAAUAUAAUUUCGCCAUGGCAGCAUUACCACCAAGGAAAAAUGCCACUCCUACAAGAUUAUCAAAGAAAAGUGUUAGUCCCCUUCAAACUUUAUUGCAAAUGGGUUUCUCGAAACACCGGGCGGAAAAAGCAUUAGCUUCGACUGGAAAUAGAAGCGUGCAACUAGCUUCGGAUUGGCUUUUAGCACAUGUUGGUGAUCAAACUUUAGAUGAAUGCAGUCCGCGAGAAUAUAUUCUCUAUGCUUGUCCAUCAGGUCCUCUAGGAAAAGUUUUAGAAGAGUUUUGGGCAAAAUCAAAGGAGUUGUGUGGGUGGAAUGGUGCACAUAAUUUUGUUCCUCAUAUAACUCUAGUUUCAUUUUUUAAGGCUCCAGAUGAAUGUGCCCCUUAUUUAAGCAAAUCGCUGAAAACUGUUGUUGACAUGGUUGGAGCUGUAAUGGAAAAUCCAAUUAAGUUGGAGUUAUAUACGAGUCAAAAUUUUAUGGGGUUUUUUGUAGAAGAAAGUGAUGCAAACUUUCUUAAAAGGCUCGCCCUACAGUACGUGAAGGAAGUUUCCAAUUCAAUAAUAAAUGACACAUAUGAACAAUUAGACGCAAUUGUUGCUUGUUUUCCAUGGUGUGGUUCUAUUUCAGGUUCUGGUAAUCGGUGCAUACCUCGUAGUAACCGAUCUAUAUCACUGGAGCCCCACGUGAAAUCAUUGCACAUGACUUUGGCUUAUCAAUUUCAACAAAAGGAUUUUGGUUUACUAAGGUCACUGGUUGAAAAGUUAGAUCCUAAUAUCCAAGCAGGAUGGGAAUUGCGUUUAUAUUCUAGAGAUUCAAGAUUAGGAACUAAACAAGUACAUGAAGUUUUGUAUACUCAUACUCCUUUAGAAAACGAUGAACUUCAAUUGAGGCUGGGCGAUUAUAUUUAUCUCAAUACUGAAGCGGUUGAAAAUUCGUCAGAUGGUUGGGUUGAAGGUAUUUCUUGGCUUACUGGUAUGACUGGGUAUUUACCAAGUAACUAUACACAAAGGACAGCUGAAUCAGAUGUCUGGACUUUGCACAGAACUGUACCAUUAUAUUCGAUAACUCCGCCAAUUCCUUCAAUUUCUGAGGAACAUGAUAACGCAGAUGGACCUAUUAACCAAAUCAAUUCAGAAAAAAAAAUUAAUAACGAAAGUUUGAAAGCCUUGGCAAUUCCUAAUGAAAAAUCGAGCUCAAUUCAAAAUUCGGAUGAUUCAGAAAAAAAUUUUGGGGAAAAAAGCUUAAAUAAAUUAAUAAAAAAUUUGGACAGUUCAUCUUUAAAUGACGAAAGUUUCAGUAUGUACGAAAAAACUUUAAAAAAUUUGAAUUUAUCAAGUAGAAAAAUUUAUUUAAUGCGUCAUGGUGAACGUGUUGAUUUUACAUUUGGAACUUGGAUACCUUAUUGUUUCGAUGAAUUUAACAACUACAUAAGGAAAGAUCUCAAUAUGCCUAAAUUUCUUCCAAAAAGGAAAAAUUGUCCAGAAGGAUGGCAAAAUGAUUCUCCUUUAACCAAUAUAGGUCUUUUCCAAGCCCAAUUAAUAGGUGAGGCGAUGAGUGAAGCGGAUGUCACAAUAGAUCACGUUUACUGUUCACCGUCCUACCGAUGCGUACAAACUUGUUCCAGUGCUCUAGAAGGAAUGAAAUUGAAAGAAAAAUUACCUAUUCAUAUCGAGCCAGGGUUUUUUGAAUGGAUGGCUUGGUAUCCAGAUGGAAUUCCAGAUUUCUGUUCAGCAGAAGAGCUAAACGAAGCCAAUUAUAAUAUAAAUAGUAACUAUAAAUGUGUCAUUGAUGAGUCCGUUUUGGAAUCUUGCCUAAAAGAAACUUCAGAAGAUUUCUAUUUACGGAAUUACGAAGUUAUGGAGAAAAUAAUUCAAAAUACAACUGGAAACCUUUUUGUUGUUGCGCAUGCUGCUACUUUAGAAACUUGCACGCGGCAGCUUGUUGGAAAAAAUCCGCGGUCAACAAAUGAAUUAAGACAAAUUAUUCAUAAAAUUCCAUACUGCAGUUUAAUCUCUGUAGAAAGUUCAAACAGGGAAUGGAAAAUUGUUGAACCAGUCAGCUUGCCAGUUACACAUUCAAAAAAUCCGCGUUUUGAGUGGAACAUUCUUGUAACAAGUUAAAAAAUAUAUUAUACAAUUGCUGUUAUGUAUAAUUAGUUUCAAUAAAUUAUAUUAUUCAAAAUGCCAUUAA